AACCCUCACAUUCGCUUUUCAUUACCUAUCCAGACCGUUCGCUCCGUCCGCUGUUUCCAGCGUCCUCAUCAUCCUGGAUACUCGUCUCUCGCUUAUCUGAUCCUGUCGCUGUUUAGCAGUGGAAUCAUCCCGACGCGAAGCAAAGUUUUUCAGCUAUCCCAUCGGCUCUCAAGUCACAAUUUCUCACCGGCAACAUCCAUCCAUUCCAUUGUUCGGUUAGCAGCCAACCGCUAGUUUAGCGCUCAAGUCCCAGGCUCCCAGCAUUAGGGGUUGGUCCACCGCGCUACCCGCACACCAAGACAAGCGUCGUACCACGAUUCCUCUGUCGCUCAGACUCUUCAAGCCACCGUCGACGAGGACGAGUACCACAACACCCAAAAGUUAUUCUCCGACGUUAAACAGCUUUGUAUAGUGCAACUGCUGUUCAGCUAUUCUAUAUACUCUAUUCUCGGGUGAACCUUUUUUUUUGGAUAUCGGGCUUGGAUUGAUAUUGGUCGCUCGGACCUCCUACUUUGGGCAUAUUCAUCUGAACGCCUGCUGCAGACUGCAUAACAUACUGCAUAUAACACACACUCACCACCAUCAACAAAUACCAACACUAUGAGGACAUCACUCUCUGUUGGCCAACUGGCCGUCGCAUUGCUCUCUUUGUCACCUAUUGCGUCCGCUUCUGGGCUAUGGCCUAGGUUUCUUCCAGAGAUUGACUCCCUUGUCGUGAGGGCAGACCCAGAGCCAGCAUCUUCCGAAGCGCCAGCACCAACAGCGACAGCGAAAGACACGGCGAAGCCUACAGGCAGCGCCAGCGAUAACCAAGAUGCCACAACCACCGCGCCCCCCACCACAACGAAGAAGGGGGGCCCAAUAAGCACCAACUACAACACCGGCCUGCUCUCCGAAAGUGACUCCGGCACCGGCACCGGCACCGGCACCAAGACGAAGACGGGUACCAAGGCCACAACGACCAAGCACAAGACCUUCGACCCGCAAGACCCGCCAGGCUCCAUCACCAUGAUCACCCCCUCGGCCUUCGCUGGCUCCCAGCUCUACAAGAUCGGCGACUACAUUACCUGGGGCUGGAACUACACCAACGUUCAGGCCACGCCCACGGCCGUUGACGUGCUCGUCUCGUGCAGCGACGCCUCGGCGACCUGGACGCUCACGCAGAACAUGACCUACGCCACCCCGGGCUCCUUCACCUGGGACACGCAGGCUUACCAGACCCAGAACGUUGAGAAUCCGCUGCUGGUGGCUAAGUACACGCUGAUUAUUUACGACUCCGACUCGAGCCUCACCGCGACUUCCGAGGCUGGCUAUCUCGCACCCUUCGCCGGCUUCACUUUUACUCUGUACACGCCGCAGCCGUACACCCCCCUUUCCAGCGGCUGGGUGUGCGCGACCUGCAGUGGCGGUGUUUCUGAUAUCGAUAAGCGGGCGUUCGGCGCGGUGGUGGCCAUGAGCGUGGUCACGGUUUUCAGCUUCACUUGGUUCGUGACCGGGUUUGGCGGACUCAUUUGAGAACCUACUGUCGAAUUGUUGGUUGACUGGAAUAUGUUGAUGACAAAAAAGAAUAAAGGACAAAUGAGACUCUGAGCUACCGAUCGAACUAUGCUGAAUCAUGUGGAGCUGGAACUGGAAGAGACGCGAGAGACUAUGGAAGGAUAACGGCCGUGGUAUGGAAUGGCAUGGAGGGUGGAAUCUUUGGCUAAUGUUUUUGUAAUAGAGUUUGUUGGAUGGUUGAAUUUUGUUUUGCUUGCGAGAAGAAAAGGAAGGAGUUGAGCGUGUGUUGGCAUUGCUUUCUGGCCUUUCUAAUCGCUAAUCCCAUGUUUCCCGCCAGUCGGUCACAGUCGGUCAGCAAGCACGCAGUACGCCACACAUACGCACAUAAUCAUUGAAUGGAGUCGAGUCGAGUGUGUUUACGCGCAAACGGCAAUGGAUGCGGCGUCGGUUUUUUGUCUUUUGGCUUAUGCUAGGAAUUGUUUCCAUGGAUUAAAAGGAGCAGGAGGAGAAGAAGAAGACAUGGGGAGAGAGAAGUUUGAAGCGAAGCAUGAUUGUCUGUUGGACUAGAAGAAAAAGGCAUUGCAUUAUCCGUUCACUUUCAUGAGAGCCUCAAUAUAAAGGUGUAACCUAACA